AUCGCCCUCUCAUAAUGCAGCAUGGGCGAAAAUACUAGAUUGAAGAGCUUCAUCUGAGGAAGCAGAGGCUUCUAGUUUAAAUUAUUUUGUCCCGUUGAGUGAAAGUGAUGUUCCAACAAUGCCGAUAGUGGAUAAACUCAAGGAGGCUUUAAAACCUGGCCGAAAGGACACAGGCGAUGAGGGUGACCUCAACAAGCUAUUGGCCUCUUCUGCCAAGAAGGUCCUUUUGCAGAAAAUAGAGUUUGAGCCUGCCACCAAGGGGUUCUCCUAUCAGCUCGACAGCCUAAAGAACAAGUAUGUGAUCCUCAAUCCUAGGACUGAGGGUGCUACAGCACAGAAAGCUGCAGAGCCUGCUCAAAUUAAGAGGCAAGUCUUAGAGAAUGUGGUUGGGGGCCAGAGCGAUGGGAUCCCUGCUCCGCAGAAGAUGCUCUUUCCAGGGAACAAGAUCACCCUUAAGUGGGAGCGUGUGUACAGGGUGGGAGCCGGCCUCCAUAACCUUGGAAACACCUGCUUCCUCAAUUCCACAGUGCAGUGUCUCACCUACACGCCGCCACUUGCCAACUACUUACUCUCAAAGGAGCACAGCCGUGUCUGUCACCAGUCAGGCUUCUGUAUGAUCUGUGUAAUGCAGAACCAUAUCAUCCAAGCCUUCGCCAACACAGGCAACGCCAUUAAGCCCGUCUCCUUCAUCAGAGACUUAAAAAAAAUUGCAAGACAUUUUCGCUUUGGUAGUCAAGAGGACGCCCAUGAAUUUUUGCGGUACACCAUCGAUGCCAUGCAGAAAGCCUGUCUCAAUGGCUAUCCGAAGCUUGACAGGCAGACCCAGGCCACGACACUGGUUCACCAGAUCUUUGGAGGUUACCUCAGGUCAAGAGUAAAAUGCUCUAUUUGUAAAAGUGUCUCAGAUACGUACGAUCCUUACCUGGAUAUCGCCGUUGAGAUUCGGCAAGCAGCAAACAUAGUGCGAGCCUUGGAACUGUUUGUUAAACCAGAUGUUUUAAGUGGAGAGAAUGCCUACAUGUGUGCCAAGUGCAAAAAGAAAGUGCCGGCCACCAAGCGCUUCACAGUGCAUCGAACAUCCAAUGUACUCACCCUUUCACUGAAGAGGUUUGCAAACUUCAGCGGUGGAAAAAUAACAAAGGAUGUUGGUUACCCAGAAUUUCUAAACAUCCGCCCUUACAUGUCUCAGAGCUCAGGCGAUCCUGUCAUGUACGGCCUCUAUGCUGUUCUGGUGCAUUCAGGCUACAGUUGUCAUGCUGGACACUACUACUGCUAUGUGAAGGCAAGCAAUGGACAAUGGUACCAAAUGAAUGAUUCAAUGGUGCACUCAAGUAACAUCAAAGUGGUCUUGAACCAGCAGGCUUAUGUGCUUUUCUACUUGAGGAUACCUGAAACCAAGAAAAAUGCAGAUGGGCAGACCACCAAGCAGGGGAUGUUGUAUUCCGGGAAGAAUACGGCACCAUCGGAACAGAUAAAGAGGUCCAACUUGAACGGGCCUCUCUCUUCCCCACAGGUGAAAAAGAAACUUGAGCCAGCCCAGCUGCGCAAGAUCCAGUCGAUGGACGGUGGUUUGGGUUUGCCCAUUUCCAGGAACGGUGUGAGCACUCAGCCACAGCCCAGACUGUCCAACUGGACAUCCUCCUCCAACGGUCUGCCAAAGCUGCCGGGUGGACCCGCAGUUAUAGAGGAACCUUUCAAGAAGGUGAAGAAGCCCUCUCCGCAGAGCCAGCUGCCAUCCCGCAGCAGCACUCCGACCCCUUCCAGCAACGGGGUCAGCAGAACGGAGGGAGAUAAAAAACAAGGUGGAGAAGGCAGAGGCAUGGCAGCGUCUACCUCAUUUAAGUCUUUGUCUGACUCCUCCUCUGCUGACACCACUGAGUCAAAGGACUCUGUUGGUCCCAAAAGUGCACCAGUAGGAGAGACUCCCUCCACUCCUCGGAAAGGCUCCAGCGGCCUGGCGUCUCCAGCAAGGAGCGUGGAGCGCUCUCAGAGCACAGAGGAGCAGAAGACGGCAAAAAUUAAACCUCCGGCUCUCGGCAACAUCACAUCUGAAGCCACCAGCACCAUGUCACCUCCACCUGCCAAGAAGCUUGCCCUGUCGGCCAAGAAGGCUCGCAGCCGGAGUCCGAGCAGCAUUGAUGUUCUGCCCCGUUUGCCGUCCAGUGACCCCAUGCAUCAAAAUCAACUUAACUCCCUCACCCUUGCCUCACCCACUCCCACUCACAGAGCUGAUCCAUUCCAUUCAUGUAAAGUCCAAUCAUCACCUUUAGCCCAUUCAACUGGAUCCUUCAAACUGCAGAGUCCUCAAAAACAGUCCCUUUUCUCCACACUGCAAAAGCCAAGCGUGAGCCUUCCUCCUAAAACAAACGGUCUUCACUGUCCAGGCCCAAAGAGUCCCAAGUCUUCCAACAAGCUCAACUCAGUGGUUCAAAAACCAGACCUUGACGACCCUCCCGCUCAAAAUGUCAAACACAAAAAGAAGAAGAAGAAGCGGCGGCAUUCUGAGGUAGAGAGCGUCCCAGAGCCAGUCACAUCCACAGCUCCACAGACACAGUGCACCGCAGCAGAGUCCGAUGGCGAGAAGAGGUGCAAGAGGAAAAAGAAGAAGCGAAAGCGGCUGGACGAAGACGGAGAGCAAGCGAAGGAGCGGGCGUGUGUCUCGUCUCAUUUGGACACGUCAAGCCAGGAGGAGGACUGGUGUCAGGGUGGCAUGUGGAGCCUGAGCCCUCAGUCCAGUGCAGAAGAGUCUAAGAAAAAGCCUCAGUUAUCCGCUACAACUCCAUCGCAGUGUGAGUCAAACCAGAAAAAGCAGGAAACGGAUUCUGUGUUGAAGAAGAAGAAAAAGAAGAAAAAGAAAGACAAUGUGGGUCAGUCAGGAGACGCUCUGCAGGAUACAGCGUCUGCACGCUCUACAACAGAAAGAAGCAGUUCUGAGAUGAAGCCCACAGGGAGCCAGAAAGAUACAGGAGAUUUGUUAAAAGUAAAAAAGAAAUUAAAAAUGAAGAAGAGGCUAAAAGAAGAGACGCGACAGUGGGAGGAAAGCAAGCAUUGUCCUGAUGCUGAGACUGAAGCAUCGGAGCCCCCGUACAAAAAGAAAACGAUGGAGAAGGACAGAACAAACAAAGAAAGCACAGCCACAGUGGUAGUGUGGGACAGCCAAGUGAAGGACGGCUACAAGCGCAGCGUGGCACCAGCGGCUGAUGGAAGUACAUCAGAUGGCUCGACCCGCGCUGCACCCGUAGCUUGGGAUGGGAAAAAGACGAGUAGUGUGGUAGAAGAGCUGCUCAGGAACGCUUCGGAUAAAGCCUACGGAGCCAAUGUCCUCAGUUGGGAUGGUGAGGUCUCUGCUGUCAGCAGAGAUGCCAUUGAAGAUGCCCGCGAUGCCAGGUGUGACACUGUGAUCGACGAAUGGGAUGAAGACUUCGACAGGGGAAAGGUGAAGAAAGUAAAGCAGUAUAAAAGAGAGAAGUGGAGAGGGGCCAGCAGCAUGUUCCAGAAGAUUCAGGACAGGCGGAACAAGUGGUCUGUAACACCCGGAGGGAAGAGAGUUUUUGGAGUCCGACGCUGAGAGUCCAGAUUGCUGCUGAAGUCUUGCUGACUUGAAAUUGAGACAGAAAAUACUUUUCUUACCAAACUCAUUUACCCAAUCUCUCUCUCUCUCUCUCUCUCUCUCUCUCUCUCUCUCUCUCUCUCUCUCUCUCUCUCUCUCUCUCUCUCUCUCUCUCUCUCUCUCUCUCUCUCGUUUUUUUUUCUUCUGUCUUUUGUUUGUUUAAUCCCCCAUAUUCAAGAAUAAGAUAUGUGCCAAAAGCAGUACACAUUACUGCAUCAACAGUCUGCCAACACAACUUUUAAACUAACCAAUGUGAAAUAUUGUUUUCAGCAGACAGCUGAAUUUCACUAUCUCCCCUUUAGAUGCCGCCAUGAGCAGCUUAAAGUUUUCUAUGCAUUCAGUAUUUAAUUCAAAAUCCUUACAUCACGUCAAUAUCGCAUUAGAUUUGUGUCCUUUGAGCCCCGAUUAUUGCCCUGAAAAUGUGCUACCAUGAAAUACAAAAAGCUUUACCGUAAUUGUAAAAGGUAGCCUGUGACUCAUUGGCCUCGCUGUACGCAAUCUGAGCAAAAAAAGUGACCUUUUUAACAAAAAAAUGAAAUUAUUCUAUGUCAAAUAACAAAGCUGGACUCAUUCAUUAUUCUUGUUUUAGAUUUCUUAAAUAUUUUUAUGUUAUUAUUAUUUUUUUCUCAUAAGUUGGGAUUUUAUUUUGUACUCUAGUGUCUGUACCACACUGCUUCUUUUUAAGGACCAAGUUUUGCCUGCAUAUUGUUGGUAAAAUUGAGGUUUAAAAUAGCCACCGUUUCCUAAUUACGCAUGCCUAAACUGGUUCAAAACCCAUUUUAAAUGAAGGGUCGUUUGUAGUUGUGCAGUUCUUGUUACACACGCGAUUUUCCCCUUCCUUACCAAGUUCAGCUUUAAUGUUAAUACAUUAAUAAUACAAAGGAAUGCUCGGGCGAUGUCAUCGAUAUGGAGGAAACGCAUCGGAUGCUGUUAGUUUUAUUUUUUAUUCAUGAGUUAUUGUUUUCUUACAACUCGGUGCAAUCAUUGUGUGUCGUAGAGGUCGGCGUUUCUGGAGGAACUCUCGUUGGCGCAGUUAAUUUUCUGCUGUGCAGCUAUCCAACUAUGUAGCUCAUCUCAUCAGUUCUUCAUUUAGAGAAGCUCAGUUUGGAAACAUGUUUUUGUUUUCUGUAAAGAAGGAAAAAAAACUCCAAUGGGUCCUUCACCACUAUACUGCAAUUAAAGGGUUACAUUUUAUACUUCUGGCACUGUGUUAUGAUGCGAUAACUACAUGAUGAGAUCUUCUUGUCCCCUUGUAUCUUAUACCUCUAUGCAAUUUUCUGACAGUCAUGCUCGCCGUCUAGAAACUGGGCUGAGACUCAGGAACCCAGAACCUCCUGUAUUCCCAUCUCCACCCUUGAUCAGACCCCAUUUCAUGUAGGAGUCAUCCCUGGACCUAGGCCACCUCGUUGCAUCCUGUACAUCCUAUAAACAACUGUUUUAUACAAAAUAUAUCAGGUGUGGAAUCCAUCUAAUCAUCUUGCACCAGUUUGGGCACAGAUGUGUAGAGAAACUAAAGUUAAAUAAACAAAUGCUUUGCCAGUGUAGAUUGUACAGUCCAUCUUGUGCUACCAGUGUUUUCCCCCACCCCAACAACGCUGUAAAGAUUUACCCAUGCAUUUCUUUUCAUUCUAGAGAUGUUGCCUUGAAUUGGCUAUAAAAAGCAUAGGUUUUAAUGUUAUAAAUAUGUAAUUUAAAGAAGAUCUUUACUGUGCUAUUAAAUACUCAGAGUAGUCGGUGGGUGUUGAGAAUUUAUCUACAAGUGUGUUCAGUUGUGUGUAAGAGAGACAUUUGUUUUUCAUGCAAGUCCUUCCUUAUGUCACUGUAAUGUGUACAGUACAAGAGGGGCAGUGUCAUUUCCAAAGGACAGCUGUGAAGUGGACUGGCAGACUGGCAGAUGAACAUUUACUAGUGUGAAUGGACAGUCCACAUGUUUGCAUUGAUGGUUCCAUAUUUUGCACCACCUUUUCUGACCAGAGAAGAGAGCUUUCAUAAUGAAAGUAGCUCUUACCUCGUAAUAGCUAACUGAAAAGGUGCAAUAAAGUUGUGACUUUUGUGA